AUGGAAUUUAAACCUGUAAUUACCCGCAGAAGGCAGAAGUGGUCUGUGGAUCCGCGAAAUAGCGCUUGGAGUAAAGAUGAAUCUAAAUUUGGCCAGAAGAUGCUGGAAAAGAUGGGCUGGUCCAAAGGAAAGGGUCUCGGAGCUCAGGAACAAGGAAGUACAGAACAUAUCAAGGUUCAGGUGAAAAACAACACACUGGGGCUGGGAGCAACCAUCAAUUACGAGGACAACUGGAUUGCUCAUCAGGAUGACUUCAACCAGCUUCUGGCUGAACUGAAUGAUUGCCACGGACAGGGUGAAACAGAGUCCUCAGUGAAUAAUCGGAAGAAGGCAUUCAGUCUCGAAGAAAAAUCCAAAUCUUCCAAGAAACGCGUCCAUUAUGUGAAGUUUGCUAAAGGUAAGGAUCUCUCUUCGCGCAGUGAAGAAGAUCUGUCCUGCAUAUUUGGGAAGCGACAGAAGAAGACACAGGUAAACAAGAGGCUUCACCUUUUGCUUGUUUCCUUGGAUAUGUUCCCUUAUAACAAAAAAAUAUUUAGAUGUCUUUAA